GCAUACCGCCAUCUAUUUAUGAGAACUAAGAUGCUGCUGUACUACAGAGUCUACUCGGGAGUGUAAAAAAUAAUUAUAUUACAUCGCGUGGUGCUCUCUGUCGUCAAAGAUGGAAACGACAAAGAAACGAAACAGGAACCGAAACUUGAAUUGAAAAACAAUCGUAAAGGCAAAAACCAUACAAAAGCAAACACAAAUGCACAAACAAUGGAGGAAGAAGAAACACAAGCUUUAGUCAGCACUAGUCCUGUCCCUCAAGGAACUGAGUCUCACCUUAGAUUAGAGAAAGAAACGCAUGAAGACCAUGGAAAAGCAGACAAUUAUGGUUCUGUUAUUAGUAAGGAAGGAACAUUAGAAGUGAAGCAAGAGGAGGAACGGGUUUCCAGAAAUGCUUCAUCUUUAGAUGCCCCAUCUACUGUAGGUACGUCGGUCGAUACGCCUCUUUCUCAGGAUGUGGAAGAUGAGGUGUCGGAAACCGAAACAAACGUUCCUAUGAGUUGUUCAGAAACUUCUGAGAAUCCAAGUUCCAUUGUAGCAGAGGAACAUGAUCUCGCUAUCGUCAAGAUCAAAGAAGAAAAAGUAGAUGUAAAUGAUGAAGCUAGAGGAAUUGACACUGAAGAUAGAGAGAACGCUGCCACGGAAACUGAAUGCACUCACGAGGAACACAAUGAGUCCUCCCCAGCUAACAUCAAUGUCAAUACUACCAAAAGUAUCAAAGACAAUGAAGACUGCUUGAAUAAUACUAACAAGUCUAUUAGUGAGGAGCAGGAGGAGAGAUCAGAAUGUACGAAGACGCCAAGCGAAUGUUCAGAAACGGGUAGUGAAAAGCUGCGAAAUAUACGCAGUGCUAGAGCCAGGGAGCGUAGCACGAAUAUGCCAGCGGAAGGACAUAUUGGAACAAAGCCAAAGUUUCGAAAUAUAAGACCCGGAUUCACCUUUGAACCGGGGAUCAAGGUUGAGGCCAUGGAUUACCUCAAUAAUUGGUACGCUGCAAAGAUUGUACGUGUAGACUGGGAUGCCCAGGAAGUGCAGAUCCAUUUUGAGGGCUGGAAUGCACGGUAUGAUGAAUGGCUGGAUUUUCAUAGUGAACGUUUGCGACCAGUUCCCCGCCAGUCAAAUCGAAGAGAUAGCUUCAAUGAAGGUCAGCUUCGGAAAUAUAAACCAGGAGAGCAGGUUUUGGCACGCUGGACCGAUUGUCGUUUUUAUCCGGCAAAAAUAAUUUCAAACAACAAUGGGUCUUACCAAGUUCUCUUCUAUGAUGGCAUCAAGAAAAACGUCCAAGCAAUCAACAUUAGGGAUAUACCGCCAUCCCUUCAAGAGAAGAAGGCCAAAGAAGCAGCAUAUGAGAAGGAAUGGACUCGAGCGCACAGUCGUCGAAAGAUGGAAAGAAGCCAGUCUUUUGAAAGUGACAGCCCAACUGCGCCUAAAAGACGUUUAUCAGGAAACAAUUCAACACCAGUACAAUCAAAGAGAGUACGUCAUGCAAGCACAUCACCAAGAUUAAAGGAGUUGUCUGAUGUUGAUGUUAGCAAAUGCUGGGGCAGUGAGUUGAGCAACAACCACAAUAAUCACGAUGUUGACUUUUACUCAAAUGUAACAGAUGGAGAUUCCGAUGAAGAAGAUUUCAUGAUGCCUGCAAAUUUAGAUUUAGAGGAAUCUGAUGAUGAGGAGAGCAAAAGUUCUGCCAGUCCAGGAACUGUUGUGUCAGAUACAAAGCUGACGAGUUGUCACUUUAAUUUGAAAGUUUCGAGACCAAGAUCAUUACCAACAUGUGCUCCAUCAUUUGGAAAUGGUCUCCAGUUGAUGUCAGAAGUGGCACGCAGAUCAGAGCCUUCAAGAUGUGGUCAAGUGCUUAAGUGGCAUCAUUAUGAUGAAAAUAUUUAUUCAAGAUCGAGACAGGCAGGUUCCAGGAUUGAGCUGCUGCAGCAAGGUCCAUCUGAACCAAAUAGGUCGAUUCUAUUACAUAACCAUCUAAAACCGAGGAAGAUAGACUCGGAAACCACUCAGAAAGAUUCAAGAUUACUAUCCAGUUUAAAUAUUCCAGUCCAAAUUCCAAGAAUGAGACCUCGCUACAUUCAUGUUGAUCCUCUUUCAAAUGCUCAAAUAAGAACCAAUGUUAAUAACACCAGUCAUUUGUCAAACAAAAUACCUAAUUCUGCAAGUGGUCACAACAUAGAGAUGACUACAGCACCCAUAUUUUCAAAAGGCUCAGUUGACCAAUCCAGGAUUAAGGAAAGCCAUGAUGGUAAGGGCUAUAGUAUUGAUAAUGUCUUCAGUAAUAGGAGGACUGCUGAGCAACAGCAUUUGCAUCCUUCCCUAUCGACAGCUCCUAUGAAUCGAAAGCUUAAUCCAGCUCAUAGUCACAGUAGCUGUUGCAAGUGUCUCCAACAUUAUGUUGACAUCAAGUUCCGUUCGAUUGAAACUCAGUUAAGAAAGCUCCAAUGUGAUAUUUUGUCAGAAGUAAAAUGUGAAAUACAAUCUGUUCAUAAGGAUGUGCUAAAUGAAAACCGUAAAGUACUGGAAGAUUUUAAAGGUGAUGUUGUUACAGAAACAGUUGCAUGCAUCAUAGAUGAAGUAAAGGAAACUAUCAAAAAUGAAAGCAAGGGAAUUAUUAAGGCUAUUGUUAGAAAUCAAUCAAGCUCACAGUCUGAAUUAAAUACAAGAAAAUCUGGUACAACUGCUGUAUUUAGCAGUUCUGUUUUUCCAAAUGACUUACCGAAAGCUAGUCACUCUCUUGAUGAUACUUCUAAAACUAAACAUCAAUUGAAAGGCUCAAUUUGGUGUAUGCCAUCCAAUUCUAACUUUAGCAAAAGUGGGCCUAUGGGCUUUGUUGUCCACGGUAAAAAGGAUUUUCAGAAAUCAUCACCAAAAACUGUGCCAUUCCGCAAUAAAAGUCAGACUAUAGGAGGUGUAAGCUUUGACAGGUCAAAGAGUAAAUUUCACUUAGGUCCUCCAGCAGAUGCAAAUCAUCAGUCUGAUAGAACUAUGACAUCUCAGAACAACCAAUUAUUGAACUCGACUAAGCCAGAAUUGAUAAACAUGGAAAAAAAAGCUUUGUCUCAAAAUAUGGAUAAGGAUUUAGAAAUUGAACUUGAAAUGUCAGAUGGAGAGGUUGAAACUCAAGAAUGCCUUGAUGUUUCAAAAAGUCCGUCAGAUCACACAGACUCCAGUCCAGGUGAAAGACCAUCUAUCACUGAACAUGAUUAUCAAAAUGUAGUCAGUGAUCCCUGCAAAAGUGAUGGGAAGAAAUUAACUUCUUGUGACGCUGUAAGUUCGCAAUCCAAAGAAUGUGAAGCCAUCACCCAGACGAUUCAGAGAAAAAACUACCAGAUACCUCAACCCCAUAAACCAGGUAUUGUUAGAGGCAAUGGCCAGCUCUCAGAGUCUCGGAGGAACAGAGUUGGUUUCUUGAAAGAACAUAGUCUUUCAUAUCCUAAGUACUAUCAACCAAGCCCACUGUCUACAGUUCUAAACACAAAGAGACCUCCAAUGCCAUUCCUUUCUACAAGUUCUUCCAGGACUGGAGGACCAAAUUAUGUUAAAAGCGGGAAUAAUUUUGUACCAUCUCACCACAAGAUAUUCUGCCAAGAAUCUCCAUCGGAUUCUGCUUUUAGAUCAGACAACUUUAAUAAAGAUUCUAUUGAGAUGGUUAUUAUUGGAAGCCAUCCGUACAAAAUGGAAAUUCCAAAGAGCGUAUAUCAUGACAUUCAGAACAAAAGCAAGUCGGUUACAUACUUUAUUAGAAAACUUUUAUCAACCUUAUUCACGAAUGAGGAAUUGGCAAGCUCCAGAAUAGAUGCAGGAGAGGUUGUCUGGAAAUCACGGCGGACAUUCAAGAAUGCUCUGGAUCCCUUUCGUCUGCAGGUUAUCUUGAUGCAAGCCCAGAAGGAGUUCCCUGAUUUCAAUGGAGAUCUACUGUCUGAUAGUAUGUUGAGAGAAGUCAUAAACUGCAAGUGCCGUUGCGCUGCAUUCAACAACAUACAAAAAGAUUAAUUUAAUUAUAUUUUUUAUAAAAAAAUUAAUACACUAUUUUUAUUUUUUAAACUUGUUAUAGUAAGUUUAUGUUCCUGAGUGUAAUUUUUUUUUUUUACUUUUUAAAUAUCUAUAUUUGAUGAUAAUUUAUAUUUACUGUAUAUAUUUAUACAUUGUAUUAAAUUUAUGAUAUAAAUUACCUUUAUUUUAUUAAUAUGAGUGUCUGAUUUACAGUAUUUUUGUUUUUUUGUCAUCCAACCCAUUUAGGUACUGGCUUGGAGUAAUAGAUGUGAUAAAAAUAAUUAUAUACAGGUCUCCAUCUAUAAUUAAAAACCCCUCCAAUUAAUGACCACCUCCAAUUAAAGACCACUUUUCUGUGGUCCCAAAUUAGCAAUGUCUUCUCUAUUAUUCUAUAGAGACCAAAGCUGUAACGAACAUGGAAACCCCGAUCACAAAAGGGGUCGUUAAUUGGAAGGAGAUCUGUAUUUUAAAAUGUUAUUCAAUUUGCCACUUUGCCUGCAACAUGCUAUAUUUUUUUAUUCUUUUAAUUUGUAUUUUUUCAAAAUAAAGAUACUUAAAGUAUAUAUUCAGGAUUUUGUAUCCAUAAUUGUUAAAUCAAUACUGAGUAUAAAGUCUACUCCAAUAUUUACACAAUCCUCAAAAGUUGAAUACUUAAUUUCAACUUAGGCAGUACUACUGUAAUUAUAAAUAACAAUUUCAAACUUUUAUUGUUUAAAUCUAAAUCUUUUGUGAAAGGGGGAAAAUGUAAAAGUUUGUCUUGAAAAAUAUGACUCAAAAGUGAUUUUUAAAAUCUCUUUUUAUAGAUGAAUUUUUGUUUCAAAUUUUAGUUUCACAAUUAAGGACAGUUAUGUAUCGCAGUUUCAGUUUCAACAAUUGUACAAAUAAAUUUUUUUCCAGGCAACUUUAAUUGCUUAUUUUCAAAAGCAGAAGUUUUGUCCAUAAUUACCUUUAGAGAACAGAAACUGUAAAUAUAAUUGAAAUUGUAUCUUUUGUAAGUAGAAUAAAAUUAGCUGCAGGGCUUGUUUGUUGGACAAAUACAGUAUUCUUAACUUCUUGUUAUAAUGAUCAUCAGGAUAAUAUCAGUGUGCUUAUGAACAAUUUUUUUUUUGUACAUACAAUAUUAUUAUUUAUUACUUUGAAUGUUUUUUUUUUAAAUAUUAUAGUUAUAUAAUUACAGUACCUUUUUUUUAUUCCUUAAAAUGUCCAAUGUAAUCAGAUUUCAUUUGCAUGUAUUGUACUACUAUUGUCUUGUGUUUUAUCUAUUAACGUUCUCAAAUAAUCAGGCCUAGCAACAUUGUUGAAAUAGUGUACACAAAUGCCAUUAAACAUUUAUAUAAUUUAUAGGCUAUCAGCAAUAUUAUUGGAUUUAAUUGCAAUUUAUAUUUUAUGGCAAAAAUAGAUUUAGAUAAACUUUACUGGCAAUAUUGAUUUGUGCUAAUUAUAUUUUAUAUGAAAUUAAUAAAUGAAUUUUGCAGAAAAGGUA